AUGGAGGUCAUCGAGUCCUCCGCGACGAUGCGCGCGUGGUCGCGCGCGCAACGCGCCGCCGGCCGCAGGAUCGCGCUCGUGCCGACGAUGGGAUACCUGCACGAGGGCCACCUCGAGCUCGUGCGUCGCGCCAAGGCGGUCGCGGACGUCGUGAUCGUCUCGAUAUACGUCAACCCCGCGCAGUUCGCCGCGAACGAGGACUUCGGGACGUACCCGCGCGACGAGGAAGGCGACGCGGCGAAGCUGCGCGAAAUGCGCGUGGACGCGGUGUUCGCGCCGAGGCGGCUCGCGCCGUCGCCGUCGUCGUCGUCGUCGCCGCCGCCGCCGCCGCACGAGACGUACGUCACCGUGGAGAACCUCCAGCGAGGCUUCUGCGCGAUCACGCGCCCGCACUUCUUCCGCGGCGUCGCGACCGUGGUGUGCAAGCUGUUCAACAUCUGCGACCCGGACGUCGCGGUGUUCGGCAAGAAGGACUACCAGCAGUGGCGACUCGUCGAGCGCAUGACGCGCGACUUGGACUUCGCGAUCGAGAUCGUGGGCGUGCCGCUGAUGCGCGAGGAAGACGGCGUCGCGAUGAGCUCGCGGAACGUCCGUCUCACGCCGAAGAACAGGCUCGCGUGCCGCGCCGUCUCCGUCGCGUUGGAGGGUCUCGAGGCGACGCUCAUGGCGGGCGGCGCGCUCGCGUCGUCGCUGCAGACGAUCGUCCGCGACGCGAUCGCGAUGUCCGGCGGCGAGGUGGACUACGUCGAGGUCGUGGAUCAGCUCACGUUGCGGCCGGUGGAGAGGGUGACGGCGGGGGACAAGGUCGUCGUGCUCGUCGCCGCCAAGUACGGGGACGUUCGGCUGUUGGACAACGUCGAGAUCGGCGGCGAGGCGUGA